AUGGGCGCCCUAUACUACCUUCUGCACCCCAACCAGCUGCGCUCCAUUAUCCAGUGGAAGCUCUGGCACAACCCUGUCCACAGGCGCGAUCCUUCCACAGAGUCGGAAACCUUGAAAGAAUGCUUCCGCUUCCUCAACUUGACUAGUCGCAGCUUUGCCGCUGUCAUCCAAGAACUCAACCAUGAGCUCCUUGUCCCCAUUAGUCUGUUCUAUUUGGUACUGCGGGGCCUCGAUACCAUCGAAGAUGAUAUGACGAUACCGUUGAGCAAGAAGGUGCCUUUGCUGCGCAACUUUCACGACACCAUGGAGGUUGAUGGCUGGCAGUACCACGAGAGCCAAGAAAAGGACAGGGAGCUCCUGGAAAAAUUUGACGUCGUCAUCACCGAGCUCAAAAAGAUUAAGCCAACUUACUAUGCAAUCAUCAAGGACAUUACCAUAAAAAUGGGCCAUGGCAUGGCUGACUACGCCCAAAACGACGAAAUGAUCAAGAAUGGUGUCAACACCAUUGACGACUAUGAGCUGUACUGCCACUACGUCGCAGGUUUGGUCGGUGAGGGUCUGACCAGGCUCUUUGUCGCUUCAGAACUAGGGAACCCCAAACUCGCAGAGCGACCCUCCCUGACCGAGUCCAUGGGCCAGUUCCUCCAGAAGACCAACAUUAUCCGUGAUCUCCGGGAGGACUGGAGCGACGGUCGCCGCUGGUAUCCCAAGGAGAUUUGGAGCAGGCACGUGGACAAGUGGGAGGACUUGUUUGACCCAAAUUACGAGGACAAGGCCCUGAAUUGCAUAUCAGACAUGGUUCUCGAUGCCUUAAAACACUGUGAGGAAUGCCUCUUCUACAUGGCCGGCAUGCGCGAACAGAGUGUGUUCAACUUUGUUGCUAUUCCGCAAGGCAUGGCCAUUGCUACUCUGGAGCUGGUCUUCCGCAACCCUGACGUGCUGAAGCGCAACGUCAAAAUCACAAAGGGCGACGCCUGCCAGCUCAUGACCGAGUGCACACAAAACCUCUACACUGUAUGCGAGGUAUUCCGCAGAUAUGCCCGAAGAAUUCAGAAGAAGAAUGACCCCAGAGAUCCCAAUUACCUCAACAUUAGCGUGCGAUGCGCCAAGAUUGAACAAUUCAUCGAGACACUUUACCCCCGUCAAGAUCCCAACCAGCUCAACUUGGAGAAUAACCAGAAGCAACGGAAUGAGCCAACCAUGGACACCGGCGAGACCCUGGUCAUGUUUGGGGUUGUUGCUCUGUGUCUGCUAUUUGUUUCCGGCCUAAUGAUCGGCACCGCAUGGUUAUUAGGGGCUCAAUUCCCCAAUAUCUUUAAGGAGGCAAGCAUCCUGCUUCAAAAACUAAAUGAUCCCGCACCAGCAGUCACGACAGCCAUAACGACCGCCAGAGAAGAACUGUAA